AUGUCAUCUUCAAAUACUUCCCCAAGCAAGACCUCUGGUCAAAUGCACUCUAUGAAAGGCGCAAUUAAAGAGACAGUCGGAGGUGCCAUUAAGAGUGCCAAUAUGAAGCAGAGUGGACGAGAAGAGCAUCAACUCGGCAAUGCCGAAGUGCGAGAUGCGAAAGAAACUAAAGGGCAAGGGAACAAUUUUGGAACCACCGGAAACGAAGGCUUCCGCGGGCAUGGCAGCGGUGCAGGACCCUUCUCUGGAAACGACCUGGGCCAGUAUGAGAAUCGGAACACUGGCGUGAGCAACAUCCCGGGAACACAUGCUUCUGCUGGAACGGGUUCGGGUCCUUAUGAUACGACCCACACUGGCGGCCUUGGAGGCCAUCAUGGAGUAGGACAUGGAUCGGCUGGAGAAGGGAUGGUAGAAGGUCUUGCAGCUACUGGUGGAGGCGCCGGAUAUAUGGGCCUUAAUCAAGGAUCAACUGGCGCUGCCCAAGAUGCCCGCCAAUCAUUUGGAAAUCAAGAUCGAGGAUUUGCAGAUCGACAAGCAAAGCAAGAUUUUAAGGAAUGGGAACGUAACGCAUUUUAA